AUGCAUCCAGACAGAGUUGCUCUGGUUUCAACAUUACCUCCUUCUCUCACUCCGGGUGCCACUCAUUUCGCCGCGAUCCACAAGGUUUUUGGGGCAAGCAACGUGUCGAAGUUGCUUGCUCAACUUCCGGUGAGCGAUCGAUGCAGAGCUGCACUCACAAUUUCAUAUGAAGCUCAAGCCAGGGUUCAAGACCCUAUUUAUGGCUGUGUUUCCCAUAUUUUUGCUCUCCAACAGCAGGUUAUUAGUUUACAAGCACAACUAGCUUCUGUCAAGGAACAAGCAGCUAAAGGCUUUUCCAAUGCGAACCCAAUUGAGAAGUACGAUACUAAUGUGCAGAGUUGGCCUCAGUCGGAAAGUUCAAACAUAUUGAUGCCACAAAGUAUGAACCUCAACAACAUUAAUGAUUCAAUGCUGCCAUUUUACUCCGAAAACAAGAAUUCGAAUUCUUUUGAGGGUGACCGAAAUUUCAUGAUUCCGGAAGUACUAAAUAACAUGUACGGCAGCUAUGGAGAUGGAGAGGCUUCUAAUUCAAUGUCCUCACUAGAUAUGCAGAUGAGCAAUAUGCAGUGGGGUUUCGAUCAAGAUCAGGAUUGA